AUGAUUCGUGCCUUAAUAACUUUACCUAGUACCUUACCUAGUACUUUACCUAGCACUUUACCUAGUACUUUACCUAGUACUUUACUUAGUACUUUACCUAGUACUUUACCUAGUACUUUACCUAGUACUUUACCUAGUACUUUACCUAGUACUUUACCUAGUACUUUACCUAGUACUUUACCUAGUACGUUACCAAGUACUUUACCUAGUACUUUACCUAGUACUUUACCUAGUACUUUACCUAGUACUUUACCUAGUGCCUAUACUUUACCUAGUACGUUACCUAGUACUUUACCUAGUACUUUACCUAGUACUUUACCUAGUACUUUACCUAGUACUUUGUCUAGUACUUUACCUAGCACUUUACCUAGUACUUUACCUAGUACUUUACCUAGUACCUUACCUAGUACUUUACUUAAUACUUUACCUAGUACUUUACCUAGUACUUUACCUAGUACUUUACCUAGUACUUUACCUAGUACUUUACCUAGUACUUUUCCUAGUACCUUACCUAGUACUUUACCUAAUACUUUACCUAGUACUUUACCUAGUACUUUACCUAGUACCUAUACUUUACCUAGUACUUUACCUAGUACUUUACCUAGUACUUUACCUAGUACUUUACCUAGUACUUUACCUAGUACUUUACCUAGUACUUUUCCUAGUACCUUACCUAGUACUUUACCUAAUACUUUACCUAGUACUUUACCUAGUACUUUACCUAGUACCUAG